CCAAAAAUAACAUGGAUGAAAAGAUGGAUGAAUCAGAUAAAAGAAAAAGUCCACAAAGCCCCCCAAAAAUAAAAACAGAGCCUGAUUCUGAGAAAGACGACGUAAAAGAUUCAGAUGCUACAAAAGGGCCCGACCAAAGUGAAAUGGAUAUCUCAAAGAUCCCUGAGAAGAAGGACCCAGAUGUAAAAGAACUUUUAGAUUCCGACAAUGAUAAAUCUUUCAAGGAAGAACCAAUGGAAAUAGAUGAUGAUGUGAAAACAGAGUCACAUAUAAAUUGUCAGGAAAAUUCUCAAGUAGAUGUAGUCAAUGUCAGUGAGGGUUUUCACCUAAGGACUAGUUAUAAAAGGAAAACAAAAUCAUCCAAACUAGAUGGACUUCUUGAAAGGAGAAUUAAACAGUUUACACUGGAAGAAAAACAGCGCCUUGAAAAAAUGAAGUUGGAGGGUGGAAUGAAGGGCAUGGGAAAGACUUCGGCAGGUUCUCUGAAAAGUCUCUCUGAGUCACCAGUAACAACAAAAGCAAAAGAAGGGUGUCAAAGUGACUUACUUAGACAAGAGCAAAGCCCUAAUGCAAGUAAUGAUAAAUCUGAGGACUCAAUUCAGGGGUGUUCACAAAGUGAUUCCUCAGUUCCUGGACUCAGUGGUCCUAGUCAUACCACAAACAAACUUUAUCCAAAAGAUCAAGUGUUAGAUGAUGUCACCAUUCAAAGCCCAGAGACAAACUGUCAGAAACAAAAUUCUGUUGAAAAUGACAUAGAAGAGAAUCUCUCUGAACCUGCCAGUAAAGGCCAGGAAUCCAAUAAGAUUAAAACAAAAGGAAAUGAUUUUUUUAUUGAUGACUCUAAACUAGCCAAUUCAGAUGAUAUUGGUACUUUGAUCUAUAAGAACAAAAAACCACUCAUACAGGAGGAUAGUGACACCAUUCUUUCUUCUUCUAAGAGUACUUUACUUUCAUCAGUACCCAAAAGUGCCAGUGACAGAGAUGCCCCAUCUCUUUCAAAAGCAAUGGACUUUGAAGGAAAACUGGGAUGUGACUCUGAAUAUAAUAGCACUUUGGAAAAUAGUUCUGAUACUAUGUCUAUUCAAGAUAGCAGUGAAGAAGAUAUGAUUGUUCAGAAUAGCAAUGAAAGUAUUUCUGAGAAGUUCAUAACGCAAGAACAAGGUAUUGAAGGCUUGGAGCCAUUGAAAUAUGAGUUUGUUUCUGCUAAGUCCACUGGAAAGUGUGAUGACAGGCUGCAGGGUAAGGUAACUGAAGCAAAUGGUAAAAAACCAAGUCAGCAGCAGAAGUUGGAAGAGAAACCAAUUAAUAAACAUAUUGAUCAAAUAAAUCUAAAAAAUAUCACUGACAAAAAGAAUAAUGAAAAUCGAGAGUCUGAAAAGAAAGGACAGAAAACAAGUACAUUUCAAAUAAAUGGAAAAGAUAAUAAACCUAAAGUAUAUUUGAAAGGUGAAUGCUUGAAGGAAAACUCUGAGAGUAAAAUAGUAAGUGGUCAUGUUGAACCAAAGGUUAAUAAUAUAAAUAAAAUAAUCCCUGAAAAUGAUGUUAAGUCAUUGACUGUUAAAGAAUCUGCUAUAAAACCAUUCAUUAAUGGUGAUGUCAUCAUGGAAGAUUUUAGUGAAAAAAACAACUCGGAAACAAAAUCAUGUUUACUGAGUUCUUCAGAUGCUGAAGGUGACUACCAAGAUAGCCUUGAGACCCUGCCAUCAACCAAAGAGUCUGACAGAACACAGACUACCACGCCUCCACCAUCUUGCCCAAAAAGCAGUUUGGUGAACCAGGUAGAAGAUAUGGAAAUUGAAACCUUAGAAGUUAAGAAAAUUACUCCAUCACCUAUUACUUCUGGAGAGGAAUCCAAUCUCAGUAAUGAUUUUAUUGAUGAAAACAGUCUGCCCACCAACAGAGAUGAAAAUGUCAAUGGAGAAUCUAAAAGAAAAACAGUCAUCACAGAAGUCACCACAAUGACAUCCACAGUGGCCACAGAAUCAAAAACUGUGAUCAAGGUAGAAAAAGGCGAUAAGCAAACUGUGGUGUCUUCCACAGAAAAUUGUGCCAAAUCCACUGUCACAACCACCACCACAACGGUAACAAAGCUUUCCACGCCCUCCACAGGCAGCAGCGUGGACAUCAUCUCUGUUAAGGAACAGAGCAAAACUGUGGUCACCACGACAGUGACAGACUCCCUAACCACCGCAGGAGGCACUCUGGUAACAUCCAUGACUGUGAGCAAAGAGUAUUCCACAAGAGACAAAGUGAAACUGAUGAAAUUUUCAAGACCAAAGAAGACUCGUUCAGGUACAGCUCUGCCAUCCUAUAGAAAGUUUAUUACCAAGAGCAGCAAGAAGAGCAUAUUUGUUUUGCCUAAUGAUGACUUAAAAAAGUUGGCCAGAAAAGGAGGAAUCCGAGAAGUCCCAUAUUUUAAUUACAAUGCAAAACCUGCUUUGGAUAUAUGGCCAUAUCCUUCUCCUAGACCAACCUUUGGUAUCACUUGGAGAUACAGACUGCAGACCGUGAAGUCCUUAGCUGGAGUGAGCCUGAUGCUACGGUUACUGUGGGCGAGCCUGAGAUGGGAUGACAUGGCAGCCAAGGCUCCUCCAGGAGCAGGGACUACACGGACAGAAACAUCUGAAAGUGAAAUCACAACAACUGAAAUAAUUAAGAGGCGAGAUGUUGGUCCUUAUGGCAUUCGAUCUGAAUAUUGUAUCAGGAAAAUCAUUUGCCCCAUUGGAGUUCCAGAAGCACCAAAAGAAACACCUACACCUCAGAGGAAAGGCCUUCGAUCAAGUGCAUUGCGGCCAAAGAGACCAGAAACGCCCAAGCAAACUGGCCCUGUUAUUAUCGAAACCUGGGUGGCAGAAGAAGAGUUGGAAUUAUGGGAGAUCAGGGCGUUUGCUGAGAGAGUGGAGAAAGAAAAGGCACAAGCAGUUGAGCAACAGGCUAAGAAACGAUUGGAGCAGCAGAAGCCUACAGUGAUUGCAACUUCCACUACUUCCCCAACAAAUAGUACAACCAGUACCAUCUCUCCAGCACCAAAAGUUAUGGUGGCCCCCAUAAGUGGCUCAGUUACAACUGGAACCAAAAUGGUACUGACUACUAAAGUUGGAUCUCCAGCUACAGUAACAUUCCAGCAAAACAAGAACUUCCAUCAAACCUUUGCUACAUGGGUUAAGCAAGGCCAGUCAAAUUCAGGUGUUGUUCAAGUACAGCAGAAAGUCCUGGGUAUCAUUCCAUCAAGUACAGGUACAAGUCAGCAAACCUUUACUUCAUUCCAGCCCAGGACAGCAACAGUCACAAUUAGGCCCAAUACCUCAGGCUCUGGAGGAACCACAAGCACUUCACAAGUAAUCACAGGGCCUCAGAUCCGCCCUGGUAUGACGGUGAUUAGAACACCACUCCAACAGUCAACACUAGGAAAGGCAAUUAUUCGAACACCUGUGAUGGUACAGCCAGGUACUCCGCAGCAAGUGGUGACUCAGAUCAUCAGAGGGCAGCCUGUUUCCACUGCAAUCUCUGCCCCUAACACAGUUUCCUCAACACCUGGGCAGAAAAGCGUAACUUCAGCAACAUCUACUACAAAUCUACAGUCAUCAACCUCACAGUCCCCUCGCCCCCAGCAAGGACAGGUGAAGCUUACCAUGGCUCAACUCACUCAGUUAACACAAGGCCACGGUGGCAAUCAAGGUUUGACAGUAGUAAUUCAAGGACAAGGUCAAACUACUGGACAGUUGCAGUUGAUACCUCAAGGGGUGACUAUACUCCCAGGCCCAGGACAGCAGCUAAUGCAAGCUGCAAUGCCAAAUGGUACUGUUCAGCGAUUCCUCUUUACUCCAUUGGCAACAACAGCCACAACAGCCAGCACCACCACCACCACUGUUUCUACUACAGCAGCAGGUACGGGUGAACAAAAACAGAGUAAAUUAUCACCCGUGACACAGGCGCAACAAGCCAAAGCGCCGCCAGCAGCUCAGUCGUCAAGUGUGAGUCCUCCAGAAGCCCAGCCACAGACCACUCAACCUCCAGCUCAGCCCCAGCCCCAAACCCAGCCCCAGUCCCCAACUCAGCCUGAAGUUCAGACUCAGCCUGAAGUUCAGACCCAAACAACUGUUUCAUCCCACGUCCCUUCCGAAGCACAGCCCACCCAAGCACAGUCAUCCAAACCCCAAGUUGCAGCACAGUGUCAGCCUCAAAGUAAUGUCCAAGGACAGUCUCCUGUUCGUGUCCAAAGUCCACCACAGACUCGAAUACGUCCAUCAACUCCAUCCCAAGUGUCUCCUGGACAGCAAUCCCAGGUUCAGACUACAACCUCACAACCGAUUCCAAUUCAACCACAUACAUCUCUUCAGAUACCUUCCCAAGGCCAGCCACAAUCACAACCCCAGGUACAGUCUUCAACUCAAACUCUUUCAUCAGGACAAACGUUAAAUCAAGUUACUGUUUCAUCCCCAUCCUGUCCUCAGCUACAAAUACAGCAGCCACAGCCCCAAGUCAUUGCUGUGCCUCAGCUGCAACAACAAGUCCAGGUUCUCUCUCAGAUCCAGUCACAGGUUGUGGCUCAGAUACAGGCUCAGCAAGGUGGUGUGCCCCAGCAAAUCAAACUCCAGUUACCUAUUCAAAUUCAGCAAAGCAGUGCUGUGCAGACUCACCAGAUUCAGAAUGUGGUUACAGUGCAGGCAGCCAGUGUGCAAGAGCAGUUGCAGAGGGUUCAGCAACUCAGGGAUCAGCAGCAAAAGAAGAAACAGCAACAGAUAGAAAUUAAGCGUGAACACACCCUCCAAGCUUCUAAUCAAAGUGAAAUCAUUCAGAAACAGGUGGUGAUGAAGCAUAAUGCUGUAAUAGAACAUUUAAAACAGAAAAAGAGCAUGACUCCAGCUGAAAGAGAAGAAAAUCAAAGAAUGAUUGUCUGUAACCAGGUGAUGAAGUAUAUUUUGGAUAAGAUAGAUAAAGAAGAAAAACAGGCCGCAAAAAAACGGAAGCGCGAAGAGAGCGUGGAGCAGAAGCGUAGCAAGCAAAACGCCACCAAGCUCUCAGCUCUGCUCUUCAAGCACAAGGAGCAGCUCAGAGCCGAGAUCCUGAAGAAGCGGGCGCUGCUGGACAAGGAUCUGCAAAUCGAGGUGCAGGAAGAGCUGAAGAGAGACCUGAAAAUUAAGAAAGAGAAAGACCUGAUGCAGGUGGCGCAGGCCGCGGCAGCAGCUGCACCCUCCCUCCCAGUGACGGCAGCUCCUCCAGCCCCUCCACCCUCACCUCCCCCUCCACCUGCUGUGCAGCACACAGGCCUUCUGUCCACGCCCACCUUACCCGUGGCUUCCCAGAAGAGGAAGCGGGAAGAGGAAAAAGACUCAAGCUCAAAGUCCAAGAAGAAGAAAAUGAUCACUACUACCUCAAAGGAAACUAAGAAGGACACAAAGCUUUAUUGUAUCUGUAAAACGCCUUAUGAUGAAUCUAAAUUUUAUAUUGGCUGUGAUCGGUGUCAGAACUGGUACCAUGGGCGCUGUGUUGGCAUCUUGCAAAGUGAGGCAGAGCUCAUUGAUGAGUAUGUCUGUCCACAGUGCCAGUCGACAGAGGAUGCCAUGACAGUGCUCACACCACUAACAGAGAAGGAUUAUGAGGGGUUGAAGAGGGUGCUGCGUUCCUUGCAGGCACAUAAGAUGGCCUGGCCUUUCCUUGAACCAGUAGACCCUAAUGAUGCACCAGAUUAUUAUGGUGUUAUUAAGGAACCCAUGGACCUCGCCACCAUGGAAGAAAGAGUACAAAGACGAUACUAUGAAAAGCUGACGGAAUUUGUGGCAGAUAUGACCAAAAUAUUUGAUAACUGUCGUUACUACAAUCCAAGUGACUCCCCUUUUUACCAGUGUGCAGAAGUUCUUGAAUCAUUUUUUGUACAGAAGUUGAAAGGAUUCAAAGCUAGCAGGUCUCAUAACAACAAACUGCAGUCUACAGCUUCUUAAAGUUCAGCGUGUUACCCUAACAUAAAACACAGCAAGAAUCUGGUUGUCUGAACUAUUUUAAAUUAAGGAGCCAGAUGUUUUUAGUCAGGCUAUCCUGACCAGACCUAAACUUCGUUUUUAUUGGUCAUAACAGUCCAAUUAUAUUCUUGGCCAAUUUUGUCCAACGGACAAGAGAAAAAGCAAAGUCAACGACACCAUUAUCUUGUCAAGAUCAAAUGGUUUUACUAUUGUGGCAGAAGCGGGAAAACUUUAUUGAAAAAAAAAAAGAAAAAGAAAGCAAGAAAAAAAGAUACUAUGGGGUCAAGUGUAACUCCAUGGAAAUGCCACGUCUGCUCUUCAGUGAAGAAGCUGGUUUAGAGUCUCACAGAAAACUUUUGACUGUAUUUAUUUAUUGUUGCAAAAAAGACGCUUUUUUAUUGCUGCCCUCAUUUGUCAGCUAAUUAUUUUUUCUUAUAAAAUCCAGCCCCAGUUACACGUAAUCCAUCCUGUAUCUUAUCAUGAUUCCUGUAGGUAAAAGUACAAGACGACCUCUAGAUGUCUUUUCUUUCUAUGAAAGGAGCUGCUAUGUACACAUGUGCACACACACACAACUGGGAAUCAAAACGAGUUUAUUGUUCAUGGUAGAUAAAAAUGAAGCUUGCGUAAAGGUUGGGCUAAGUGGUCCUGGACUACAGACUCUGUUGCCUUGACUAUAACAAGUACAAUUUGUCAGUUACUCUGCACCAGGCUAAAAUGAGUAAAAUCUAUUUGAAGGUAUCUUGUUUGUAAACAUUUGUCAGAUUCUAAUUUUUCCUUUUUGUAUUAAAAUUCAACUAUGGAUGUAUACGAAACAAAAUAAAUGGAGAUAAUUUUUCUCCCACAGAC